UCGAAUUUUUCGAAUCUGGAUCUUUCUUUUCUGGAUCUGUUUAUGAAGCUUUACAAAUAAAAAUUACAAUGCUUUUAAGUUUUAUCAGUUUAAACUUUUGUACGGUAAUUUGAGUAAAAGUCGAAAAUGUUUGCAUUGCAUGCUGACUGAUGGCAACACUUCCAGAUCGUACAAAAACCUCUCUGAUCAGCGAUCGUCGUUAAUUUGUAUUUCAGAGACAGGUGUGAACAAGUCACAACACGCUUGGACUAUCCAGUGCCGUUCUGCCUGUGCCCCAUGGUGCAUUCCAUUCAGUGACAGUCAUGAUCUUUAUUGCUUGCGUUGCGCACGGCGUUCCUUGUUUCUGCGAUAAAAGAUGCGAGCCGCGAAGCCCAGCGUGAAAGCCAAGAGCGCCGACAUCAUCCAGCAGCCCCAGCAUGCCCAGCCGCUGCACCGUAUCGGGGGGAAUCUCCGUCCCGUCGGCCGCGGAGUCCCACGCAAGCGCUCCAACCCCUCCCCCCAGCGCCCGCACCAUUUCAAACCCGUCAUCGACGUCCCACCCGCGCCACAGCCUCCCAGCGUCCCCUCGACAUCCAAGGCUCCGCCGCAGGCUGAAAUAGAGCUGCGUUCGCAGGAGACGCUCUUCCCCGAGGAUUCCUGCUUCCAGGAGCUGCCCAGCGGGUUUCUGCGUGGGGAACCGUCCGGUAGUGGUGGGGCGCCCCCGGGUGGGGACACUAAGCCAAGCCAGGAUGGGGCGCCGUUGGAGAUUGCCAACUGGGGACUUCCUGAGCAGGUAGUCGCGGCCUACCAACGCGCCGGCAUCACCACCAUGUUCCCCUGGCAAGCGGCCUGCCUGUCCAUCGGCGCCGGCCGCGUCCUCAACGGCGGCAACCUGGUCUUCUCGGCGCCCACCAGCGCCGGCAAGACCCUGGUCGCCGAGAUCCUCCUCCUCAAACGCGUCGUGGAGAGCGGGAAGAAGGGCCUCUUCGUGCUGCCCUUCGUCGCCCUGGCCCAGGAGAAGCUGGCCACCCUCCGGCGCCUGCUGAAUGAUAGCGAUGUACGCGUGGGCGGCUUCAUCGGGAACACUAGCCCGCCGGGCGGUCUGGCACUGCUGGAUGUGGCCAUCUGCACCAUUGAGCGGGCCAAUUCCCUGGUCAACCGGCUGAUGAAGGAGGGGAAGCUACGGCAGAUCGGCGUGGUGGUGGUGGAUGAGCUGCACAUGGUGGGGGAUUAUUCGCGGGGGUACCUGCUGGAGCUGCUUCUGACCAAGGUCAUCUAUCUGAAUCGGCUUAAUGCGCAGGAAGAGUCCCGCGGGAUUCAGAUUAUCGGCAUGAGCGCCACGCUGCCCAAUUUGCCGCUGGUGAAAAAGUGGCUGGAUGCGGAUUUGUAUUCAACAGAUUUCCGGCCCGUUCCCUUAACCGAAACCAUUAAAAUGGGCGCCGCUCUCUACGACCGUCACUGGCGGAAACUCCGCGACCUGCCCCCGUGCCGCGACACUCCAGACUCGGACCACCUCUGCACACUGUGCCUGGAGACCAUCGGGACGGGGCACUCCGUGCUGAUCUUCUGCCCGGCCAAGAACUGGUGCGAGACCAUCUCCGCCAACCUGGCCUGUCAGCUGGUCAAGGCGCUGCCACCCGGCACGCUGCAGACGGACCGGCUGCAGGAGAUCCUGGAGCAGUUGCGCCAGACACCCGCCGGACUGGAUGCGAUGCUGAAGAAGACCAUCCGCGCGGCGGUGGCCUUCCACCAUGCUGGGUUGACGGCGGAUGAGCGGGAGGUGGUGGAGGCCGGGUUCCGGCGCGGCGUUAUUAAGGUGCUGGUGGCCACCACCACCCUGUCGUCGGGGGUCAAUCUGCCGGCACGGCGGGUGAUUAUCCGGUCGCCUUUGGUUUUUGAUGGGGCGGCUAAGCCGAUGGAUCCGCUGACGUACUACCAGAUGGCUGGUCGGGCGGGACGGAAGGGCGUUGAUACGGAGGGCGAGAGCAUUCUUAUUUGCAAAGACUCACCGGAAGAAAAGCGAGCGGUUAAUAGCAUUUUUUCCGGUGCUUCGCGGCCCUUGAGAAGUUGUUUGUCGAUUGGCUCGUGCGAAGAGCCCAGUAUGUCCGUCCAACGAGCCGUUCUGGAGAUCGUGGUUAACCGGGCGGCUCAUUCUGUCGAGCAUAUUCUGACGUAUCUCCAAGGCGCCCUGUUUGCCUGUGAACUGGACAGUGAAGAAGAGUGUAAAAAAUACGCGGCCGGCGUGAUCAAAGCCCUGGAGAAGGCGCAUUUCAUCCAAACGGCUCCCGAUGGAAGCGGUGUGCAGGCCACCCAGCUAGGCAACGCCAUCGUCUGGUCGGGUCUGUCGCCGCACGACGGCAAGGCCGUUUUCGACGAACUGGCCGCCGCCCGCUGCAACUUCAACCUGCAGAACGAACUGCACAUUCUGUACUUGAUCACGCCGCUGAAUGUGGCCCGCACCAUCGGCGACAUCAACUUCUACUUGUUCCUCUACAUCUGGGACAAGAUGCCGGCGGAGUGGCAGCGGGUGGGUCACUUGGUGGGCGUGGAUGAGGUGUCGCUGGCCAAGGGUCUGCGCAACGAACUCAAGGAUAUCGCGCGUUUGAACCGCAUCAAGCGCUUCUGGUGUGCGCUGAUGUUGAACGAGCUGGUACAUGAGGCCAGCUUGUGGGACGUGGCACGGCGGUUCGAAGUGAACAAAGGCGUCCUGCAGUCGCUGCAACAUGGAGCGGCUUCCUACUCAGGGAUGAUCACCGUGUUUUGUGAAGAACUGCGCUGGGCCAACAUGACGCUGCUGUUCGAGCAGUUCCAGAGUCGGCUCAUGUUCGGGGUGAUGCGCGAGCUGGUGCCGCUGGUCCGCAUCCCCUACCUGACCGCUUUACAGGCGCGCAGUCUCUACGAAGCCGGCUUUCCCUCGCUGACCAAACUGGCCACGGCGGGCGGCAAGGAAGUGGCGGAAGUCCUGCGGGCCGCUGUGCCCUUCGAAAUAGCGGAAGAGCACAAGAACAGCCACAAAAAGAGCGUCCUCCUCAAUGGCUUGGAAGCCCUUUCCGACGUAGAGGCCGCUGAACUGAUCAUCGGCGAAGCACGCCGUCUGGUGGAAGCCGAUCUGGAAGCGGACGGCUUAGUGAUCAUCGCCAAACAGCCGAAAGACCACCCGGCCAUCCCGGCGACCGUCACCCAACGCGCCACGACCGCCGCCGCCGAGUACGACGAGAUCCGGUCCACCCAGAUGGAGGCCGACCAGCCCCUGGACGAGGUCAUCCAGGACACCAAACGCCGGCUAACCCAGAAGCUCUCCCCCUCCAAGCGAUCCCCGGCGGUCUCCCCGUCCAAAUCCCGCUGGAUCCCGCCGGAUGUGCUGAAACAGGAGACGGCGGAGAUCCUGCAGCGCAUAUCGGAUCCCAAUCUGGCCAUCAGUUCGUGCUCGUCCAGUGAGACGGAGGAGAUCCCGGCGAUCGACGACCUGUACACCACCCCGCGGGUGCAAUCCAAAUACGACCCGGAGUUCCAGCAGUUCCGCGAUAAUCUCUCGUCGGCGUUGAAACGGGCGCAACGGACAGCGGAGAAGACCGCGGUGAAGGAUGCGCCGGAGUGCGGAUUGACGCCGCAUCUCUUCAGCACCCCGCGGACCAAACGUCCAUUGGAGGAUGAGGAGGAGACGGCGACCAAGCGGAAGUUGUUCCGGGAAGAAGUCAAGAGCCGGAUUCAGUUUGAUAUCGCGGAGAUGGAUGACGAUGCCGAUGUGAUCCCGUCAUCAUGCCCUCCUUCACCGGAACCGUUGAUCGCGUCGGAUAUACUGGAAGAUUGUGAUUUCGUCAUUCCCGCGGGGGAUGUCCGGGAACCUUUUGAAAUUGAGGACGUUCCCAACACCGUGGAGGGUUUCCAAGGGUUUCUGGAGGAGUGGAAACAACAGACGGUGUUCAGUCUGAGCCUGGGCUGCGAGAAACUGGACGAGGGGAGGAAACCGAGGAUCGGGCCGCCCGGGCUGAUGCAGACCACGGUGGUGAGGGAACCCGCCGGGGUGGUGGUAUCCAGUGACGGGAUGAUGGUCGUGGGGCUGGCGGUGUCGUGGAGUGGGAAGCGUGCGCGGUAUGUCUCGCUGGUGGAUCGGGAGAGGUCCCAGAGCGCCCUGGAGGUGACAGCGGUGGAGAUGCCGGCGUGGCAGCGGGUGGAGCGGGUCAAGGAGGUCCUCGGGGGUCUGCAACGGGGAGUGGUGAUUCUGUAUGAUAGCCGCGCUCAGCUGAAGGUGCUGGGGCAGGCGUUUGGAGCGGGGUGGACGGGGGUGACGUGUCUGGAUCCGCAGGUGGGCGAUUGGAUGCUGGAUAUGGGCGCCGGCGAGAGAAGUUUGAAAGAUUUAAUGAGCGAGCAUCUGCCGCUGGUUGGGGACGUCCUCAACGAACUCACCAAAUUUAAACGCCCCACCAGCCUGGGAUUGGCCAUCCACACCCGCGCCUCCGCCCGCACGCGGUCCACCUGCGAAGCCGUCGCGGCCCGCCUGCUCCUCGGGGAGAUCCGGAAGAAGCUGGAGCUGCGGGGUCUGUGGGAGGAGUUUGUCCGCGUGGAGAUGGGCAUGGUGCGCUGUCUGCUGGCGCUGGAGCUGAACGGGUUCGGGGUGUCGGUGGAGGAAUGCCAGCGGUUGUUGCGAGUGGUCAGCCAGUUGCUGGAGGAGAUUCAGCAGCGAGCGAUACAGUUGGUCGGGCCGGAGUUUGUCAUCACGUCGCCGCAGUCCGUCGGGCAGGCGCUGUUCGAGACGCUGCGGCUGGUUCCGCCGGAGGGGCGCGGCAGGAACGGCGGGUGCGGGGACGGCUGAAUGUGCGGUAUUCCACUGCGAAGGAGGUUCUGCUGAAACUACAAAAUGCCCAUCCGCUGCCGGGACUGGUCUCGCAGCACCGCAGUCUGGACUACUCCCGUUCCAGCUACAUUGAGCCGGUGAUGAAAGCCGUCACGGAGUGCGCAUUUCUCAAGAUGCAGCGCAUCCACGGCUUCUCCUGUCCC